AUGAACAAUGCAGCAACUCACAAAAUUCGUGGAAUCACAAAAACUUUCAACCCAUUAAGAGCUCUUGUUCUCUACAAGCAAACUCGUUAUGAAGGAACACACGACCCCACCAUGAUCCUUCAGUUACUCAAACCAUGCGAUUCUCUUCCCUUCCUUCAUUACGUUAAAUCCUUACACGCAGACACCAUAAAAUCCGGUUCGGACACCAACGUGUUCAUCGGAACCGCAAUUGUUACUGCUUAUUCCAAAUGUGGUGUUGUUUUGGAUGCACGCAAGCUGUUCGAUGUUAUGCCUGAAAGAAAUGUUGUGACUUGGAAUGCAAUGAUCAGUGGGUACUUCAGAAAUGGCGACACUGAAUCUGCUGCACUUGCGUUUGAGGCAAUGCCGGGGAAAUCGAGGGUGAGUUGGAGGCAGAUGGUUGGUGGGUUUGCGAAGAAUGGUGAUACUGUAAGGGCUAGGAGAUUGUUUGAUAGGGUUCCGAAUGAGUUUAAGGAUGUGGUGAUGUGGAGUGUAAUGGUUGAUGGGUAUGCUAAGAAAGGAGAGAUGGAGGAUGCAAGAGAGGUGUUUGAGUUGAUGCCUGAAAGGAAUUGUUUUGCUUGGUCAUCUAUGGUUUGUGGGUAUUGGAGGAAAGGUAGUAAUGUGGAGGCUGAGGAUGUUUUUCGAAGGAUUCCCCUUCCGGUUCGGAAUUUGGAGAUUUGGAAUUCCAUGAUUGCUGGAUAUGUGCAGAAUGGAUUUGGUGAGAAAGCGUUGGAGGCUUUUGGCGAAAUGAGAGUUGAAGGGUUUGAGGCGGAUGAGUUCACUGUUGUUAGUGUUUUAUCUGCUUGUGCUCAGCUUGGGGACUUGGAUGCUGGCAAACAAAUUCAUCACAUGAUAGAAUGCAAAGGAAUAGGUGUGAACCAGUUUGUUUUGAGUGGAUUGGUUGACAUGUAUUCGAAAUGCGGGGACUUGGUUCAUGCAAAGGUGGUAUUUGAUAGUUACAAUGAUAGAAAUGUUGUCUGCUGGAAUGCUAUGAUUUCGGGUUUUGCUGUCAAUGGAAAAUGCAAGGAGGUUCUUGAGUAUUUGCGCAAGAUGGAGGAGUCAAAUAUAAGGUCUGAUGCUGUCACAUUUACCAGUGUACUCUCGGCUUGUGCUCAUGGAGGUUUGGUUAGUGAAGCAUUGGAAGUAAUAUCUAAAAUGGAGGCAUGUGGAAUCGAAAUAAACAUCUGGCACUAUGGGUGCAUGGUAGACCUCUUGGGAAGAGCAGGGCGGUUAAAGGAGGCAUAUGAGCUAAUAAAAAGAAUGCCUUUGAAACCUAAUAAAAAUAUUUUGGGGGCAAUGAUUGGUGCUUGUUGGAUUCAUUCAGAUAUGAAAAUGGCAGAACAAACUAUUAAGAUGAUUGGUACAGACUCAGCUACAUGUGCUGAUUCUCAAGAUGUGCUUCUGUCGAAUAUUUAUGCAGGUUCACAAAAAUGGGAAAAGGCUGAAAUGAUAAGGGUGAACAUGAUUGAUACAGGGUCUGAAAAGAUACCAGGAUGUAGUUCAAUCAUCCUUAGCAACUCUGUUGUUGAUCAGGGUCGGCUCAACCUGAGGGCACGGAGCUUUGUUGUGGUAGAUAGAAACUGUGCAAUGAAGAAGCCACAUGUGAAGUGUUUAAAACCAAUGAAGGUUAACACAAUGGACAGUCAGGUAGGAAAACAAUGA